AUGUAUACGCUGCAACCACAAGAACACUUAGUGUCAAUCCAGUCAACGCCGAACAAGGGUUAUGGUGUCUUUGCCAAGGGUUGUAUUGCGUACGGACAGGAACUGGGUGUUUACGCUGGGCGAUUGAUGUCUGGUUUGGAGGUGGCGGAGGUUGAUAGCGAUCUCCGUAUUCAAAAGAAACACGCCGUUGGUGUCUCAGCGUAUAUCAAGCGACUGUCUACACCUCCUCCCGCCAAUAGCGCUCCGCCUACCCGUCGCAACCGAGCCCGUCCGUACACGGCUAUCUUGGCAGUCCGUCGCAGCGGGUCCUGUAUGGAGGUACUAGUCGAUUGGGAAGGCCAUCGAGUGCCGUCGUGGACCAAGGCGACCAAGGCGCACCUUCGCUCUCUGCGUAUUCAAUGCCCGAGCGAUGGAGCGGGUCUAGGGCCGGACCCCAUGUACUCUGCUCCGGGUUUCUAUGACAUGUACAUUGGGGAUUUGCGUCCUGUAUACUGCUGCUUUGACUGCAGCAAGUCCAUCGACGGUUUGGCGUACGAUUCGCACGUUGACGCCUCUCAUCUUGGGAACGUAAGCCUGGUGACCGCUAUGUUGUUAUAUGAUCCACUCUUCUGA